AUGAAGCAUGUUUUAAUCUUCUUGCCGGAAUUGACGAGCAUGCUCAGCUCUGCAUUGGCAUCAAGUCAUGGUAGAUGGAUGCAAGACUGGGUCGGUGCUAUGAUUGAAAAAGCAGGCUCGCUUCUUAGCUCACACUAUAAAAUUCUGUAUCCGCUCUUGAAUUCCUCCGCGAUUACGGCGUUUAUCUGUGAUAGGGGAAGGAUAAUAACAAGGGGUUUGAGGCAUUGGCGGGUCCUUGGAGAAUAUAAUGAGGAAGAGUGUACCGACUUGGAGGAAGUGAUUUUGGUGGUUGAGCUCGCGAAUUAUUUUAGGAGGACGCCGGAGUUGACAACGGGAUAUUGCUACUGUGGGUGGAAAUCAGUCCUUUACGGUAACGGUGAUUCCGAUCUAGAGAAGAACGCAGAGAGGCCGGAUUCCAGAAUGCUAGCCCACAAUCUAGUUUGGACGGCCUUUAAGGUGUGCUCAAUUUGGACGGUGGUUGCGGGCUUGUUGUGCUCAACUGAGGAGGAGGAGCGGCACAAGACUAUCUUUGUGCAUUGUUAUGGGCUAGUUGGUGGAGAAAAUAGAAAUGAUAGAAGGUAUCGAGGGUAUGGUACUCAGACCUGGACGAUACAGUCGCUCAGAGUGAACAACUCCGAAGCUAUUUCGACUGACACCAAGAAGAGCGAGUGUCGACUAACGACCGCUAACGACGCCUUCACAACUAGGGUUCCGAUCACGUUCUCGGGCCUAGUAUCGAUAGGUCCCCAACGUCUUCUUUCGAGGGAGAGUAUUUGCUUUCCUAUGAAAUGUUAG